GCAACAUCAACUUGGAAAAAUGUUGAUAAAGAAUGUUGCAAACUAUGAACAGUGGAGAGAACGUCACUUCUCCGGCGAUCUCAAAGUUUGUGAGCAUCCAAGGAUGGGCCAGCAGGACAAUGGUUCCUGGCUGACAUUGACAUGAAAGUUCGUCAUGUUUACAUUUGGGACUCUAUGGUAAAUCCUAUAGAUAAACGACAAAGAACUAUAUUGAUUAGGAAAAUGGUGAGUGACAAUUAUGAUUGGAAGAGUAUAUUACAUGUUAUAUUUGAAUUUUAUGUGAAUUAAUGCAUAGUUUUUCCUUGUUAUGCAACUAGCAAGCCUUGAGAGGGUUCUUGAAGUUGAUUUGAACAUUGCAUUUGGAGGUGAAGUAAUUUUAAGUGAGUUCGGAGUUUCUCAUACAGACAAAUCCCUCAAACAAGGCAAUGGAACAGAGUGCGGGAUAUAUAUCAUGAAGCAUAUGCAGCAUUUGAGCAAGAAAACAACAAGUCCUGUGGAGAAGUUUGAUUCUCAUACUGCAAGAAUGGAGUUGGCCCUCAAAAUUGUUCUGAAUGAGUCAAACGAUAUUCAAGAAGAAGUUAAGAGUAAAAUCCAGGCUUUCUAUCAUGAGUACACAGACUCUAACCCCAAGGGAUCAACAAAAGGUACUCCAAUCAAGCUCGCAUUUGUGAGGAGUCCCAUAAAAUCCCCAAAGGAUCAGAGGUACUCCAAUAAGAAACAGAAGGCAAAGAACAUGACUCCAAAUUGUCCAGCUAGACGCACAAGAGGAGCCAUAAAACAAUGAGCAAUAGAAGAAGAUUGAGGUCUUUCCUAUGAACCUGUUUUCUUUUGAAUUUUUUUUAGUUUGAUUACCAUUUCUAAUUAUGUGGACUAGUGUACUGAUAGGAACUUGAUCAGUUUCAUGAAUUAUUACCAUAUUAUAUUUUAAUUAGGCUGGAAAGUUUUGAUGGCAGGCUGUGAAUCACCGAAUGCUUAUGCUUCUGGUAUAUGGUUUCAAAUGCCUAGAAAAAUCCAGCCACUGUAGUACAUUGGGGUGAACUAUAUGCAUUUUGAUGGCCCUUUUGUAAGAUUGUUCCAAGCGAACAAAUAGACAUGGUAGACUAUGUUUAUAGUUUAAUGGAUGUGUGUCAUUCUGCUUAAUUAUUAUUGAAUAUGCAGUGUCUUUUGGAUAAUCUCAUUAACCACGUCAUAUUUCCAAAUAUAAGUGCAUUGUUUUUAUUGAUAUA